GAAACUUGAUAUCGCGAGAUCUGUAGCCGGCCGGCGCAUGCGCGGCGCCGUGGAGGUCGUUGGAGUCACAGCCGUCGCCAUGCUGUCCCGCCUCGCCCGUCCCGCCGCCGUCCUGUGCCGCGGCCUGGCCACCAGCGCCCAGAACAAUGCCAAGGUGGCAGUGCUGGGAGCAUCAGGAGGGAUUGGGCAGCCUCUGUCCCUUCUCCUGAAGAACAGCCCUGCGGUGAGCAGGCUCAGCCUCUAUGAUAUCGCACACACCCCUGGCGUUGCAGCUGACCUCAGUCACAUCGAGACAAGAGCGAAUGUGAAAGGUUUCCUGGGACCUGAGCAAUUGCCAGAAUGUUUGAAGGGCUGUGAUGUUGUAGUGAUCCCUGCAGGAGUCCCUAGGAAACCAGGUAUGACCCGUGAUGACCUGUUCAACACCAAUGCCAGCAUCGUUGCUUCUUUAACAACUGCCUGUGCAAAGCAUUGUCCAGAAGCCAUGAUCUGCAUUAUUUCCAACCCGGUAAAUUCAACCAUCCCCAUAACUUCAGAGAUUUUCAAGAAGCACGGCGUGUAUAAUCCUAACAGAAUCUUUGGGGUAACAACUCUGGACAUUGUCAGAGCGAAUACUUUUGUGGCUGAGCUGAAGGGUUUGGAUCCUGCUCGAGUAAGCGUUCCAGUUAUUGGUGGCCAUGCAGGGAAGACCAUCAUCCCUCUGAUCUCCCAGUGCACACCAAAAGUGGACUUCCCUCAGGAUCAACUGGAAAAGCUUACAGGGAGAAUUCAAGAAGCUGGCACUGAAGUUGUCAAAGCUAAAGCAGGAGCAGGAUCGGCCACCUUGUCCAUGGCCUAUGCUGGCGCUCGGUUUGUGUUCUCCCUGGUGGAUGCCAUGAAUGGAAAGGAAGGGGUUAUUGAAUGUUCCUUUGUUCGCUCGGAAGAGACGGAGAGCCCGUACUUCUCUACACCUCUGCUGCUGGGAAAAAAUGGAAUUGAGAAGAACCUGGGCAUUGGCAAGAUCACCCCCUUUGAAGAGAAGAUGGUUGCUGAGGCCUUGGCUGAGUUGAAGGCUUCUAUUAAGAAGGGAGAGGAUUUUGCAAAGAGCUUCAAGUGAAGAGCUGAUGGAGAGGAAUUCCAGCUUCCUUAAUUUAUUAAGGCAUCAUGUCACUUUACGACUUCUGAUUCAGAGCUCGUGCUCUGAUUGAAGUCUGUCUGUAUUAGCGUAACGAUUGUCGUCAAAACAAAGCCUGAUCAUCAAUAAAAUGGCCUCGUUUUUUUCAGUGUA